AAAAUUUCUCUUUCAAAAAAAAAAUAUAUUAAAAUUUUAAAGCAAAUGUAGUGCAGUGACACCUUAAAAAAAACGUUCUUCAUUUUUCAAAACUCAAUCCAAAUUGGUUUCCUAGUUUUAAAUUACAAAACUGAUAACGAUAUUCGAUUUUCCAACGCUUUCUUGCAUUCCAAACACGUUUCUCCUCUUUCCCUCCAUCAGCCGACGACGACGAUAGUAAGAACCUCGUGCGACAUUGCCGGUCUACCACCUCCAUCCGCCGCCGUACUCCGUUCCCACCACACACACGCUGACAUCGUUGUAGGGCAUCUCCAUCUCUCUUCAGUCCCCUCCUAGCUGUGCGCCUGGUCGUACUCCCAACUCCAGAUUUACCUCUCCUCUGCCAUCAGCCACAACAUAAGGGAACGGAAGUAGCUGUAUUUGAUGCAUUUGAUGCUCAAAAACUGUCAAAGAUGAAGCUCUGGGUUCAAGUUCAUGGAAUUCUAAUUUUUUGCUCCGAAAAUGAUUGGGCCUUCACCUGGUUUUCAAGGGAUGCUGUUGCCCAUCUUCCAUACCCGCAUUCUGACUCUGAAUUCACCUUCCCUUGUUUGGUUAAAGUCUUGGGCUAGUGCUGCACUUAGCCUGUUGGAAUCCAACCCCAUAAAUGAAUUGACAAAUGAAGCUCGAAACUCUCCAAGUCAGCCUCAAGAAAGGUUAUGCAGAGGACCUGGAAGGUUAACUGGAACAAGGCAUAGUUUAGAGAGAAGUGAGAAGAAGGUAAGAAAAAGAUCUGUAAAAUUUGAGAGCCAUGAGAGACUAAGAAGGUUUUCUAUGCUGCUACGCACGAGUGCUUCAAAAGGAUCUUUGAAUCAUGGCAAGGCGAUUCAUGGGCAGGUGAUCAAAUAUGGGAUGGACCCGGAUUCUCAUGUAUGGAUCUCGUUGGUUAAUGUUUAUGCUAAAUGUGGGGAUAGGGUGUAUGCACGGCAAGUGUUUGCUGAAAUGCCAGAGCGAGAUGUUGUGUCUUGGACUGCUUUGAUACAGGGGUCUGUAGCUGAAGGGUAUGGAAUUGAUGGUGUUCUUCUGUUAUCCGAGAUGAAGAAGGAUGGCAUAAGACCAAAUGAGUUCACUUUGGCCACUGGUUUGAAAGCUUGCUCUCUUUGCUUAGAAUUAGAUUUCGGGAAACAAUUGCAUUCUGAAUCUCUUAAAGCUGGAUAUUUCUCGGAUUUGUUUGUAGGAUCCUCACUUGUUGACCUUUAUACAAAAUGUGGUGCAAUGGAACUUGCAGAUAGUGUGUUCUUUUGCAUGCCCGAGCAGAAUGCUGUAUCGUGGAAUGCACUGCUUAGUGGAUAUGCUGAGAAAGGAGAUUCACAAGAGGUUUUGAAAUUAUUCUGCAGAAUGAGGCAAUUAAAAAAUGUGUUAAACAAUUAUAUUUUGUCUGCCGUUUUAAGGGGGUGUACAAAUGGGGGAAACUUAAGACAAGGGCAGGUCUUGCAUUCUCUGGCCUUAAAAGUUGGGUGUGAAUUUGAUGAAUUUCUGGGUUGUAAUCUUGUUUAUAUGUAUUCAAAAUGUGGGCUAGCAACAGAUGCCUUAAAAGUGUUUGUGAGGAUCAAAAAUCCUGACAUAGUAGCCUGUAGUGCAAUGAUUACUUGCUUUGGUCAGCAAAAGCAGUGGCAAGAAGCUGCUCAUCUAUUUCGUCUAAUGAGAUGUAUAGGCAUUCUGGGAAAUCAUUUUAGUUUCUCGAGUAUUCUUAGCUCUGCCACUGAUAUGGGAGACCUGCAGUAUGGUGAAAGCAUCCAUGCUUGUGUUUGGAAAUCUGCAUUUCAAUACGAUCUAACAGUCAGUAAUGCUCUGAUCACAAUGUAUGCUAAAAUUGGAUGCGUGCAAGAUGCCAUUCGGGUAUUUGAAGCUAUAAAAGAUUGUGACUUAGUUUCAUGGAAUGCUCUUUUAUCCGGAUUCCAUGAUUAUGAAAAUUGCAAUCUAGGACCAAGAAUGUUUCGCCAGAUGCUUGUUGAAGGUUUCAAGCCCAACAUGUACACAUUUAUAAGCAUUUUAAGGUCUUGUUCCAGCCUCCUGGAUGUAGGUCUAGGGAAACAAAUCCAUGCCCAUUCCAUCAAAAACAGUCUUCAUGACAAUGUUUUCAUUGGAACAGCUCUCAUUGAUAUGUAUGCUAAAACCAGGUGCUUGAAAGAUGCAAAUUUAGCUUUUAGUAGACUGCCUAAUAGAGACCUCUUAACUUGGACAACCAUUAUUACUGGCUAUGCACAAACUGGUCAGGCAGAAAAUGCUGUUAGUUUAUUGAAUCAGAUGAGAAGAGAAGGUGUAAGGCCAAAUGGAUUCACUCUUGCUAGCUGUUUAAAUUCUUGCGCACGUAUAGCCACCCUGGAACAUGGAUUGCAGCUCCACUCUUUGGCAUUUAAGGAUGGGCACACAGAUGAUUGUUUUGUUAAUAGUGCACUAGUUGAUAUGUACGCAAAAUGUGGAUGCAUAGAAGAUUCUGAGACUGUCUUCGAAGGCUUGGUUUCACGGGAUACUGUCUCAUGGAACACCAUGAUAUGUGGAUACUCCCAACAUGGCCAAGGAGGGAGAGGUCUUGAAGCUUUUAGGAAAAUGUUAGAUGAAGGUACCAUGCCAGAUGAGACCACCUUUAUAGGUGUGUUUUCUGCCUGCAGCCACUUGGGUUUGGUUAAAGAAGGGCAAGAGCACUUCAAUUCCAUGAUCAAAGAUUUUGACAUUAAUCCUACAAUUGAGCACUAUGCUUGUAUGAUUGGUAUCCUUGGUCGGGCUGGAAAAUUCACAGAGGUUGAAAGCCUUAUUGAGAACAUGAAAAUAGCUCCACAAGCCAUAAUUUGGGAGACUGUUCUUGGGGCUUGUAAGUUUCAUGGAAACGUGGAGUAUGGAAAAAGAGCUGCAGAAAAGCUUUUCGAGCUCAUACCGGAAAUGGAUUCAACUUAUAUUUUGCUAUCUAACAUUUUUGCAGCCAAAGGUCUGUGGGAUGAUGUCAGAAAUGUCAGAAAGUUAAUGGGCAGUCAGCAGGUAAAGAAGAAACCUGGUAGUAGCUGGGUUGAGGUUGAUGGACAAGUUCACGUGUUUACCUCUCAAGAUAGUUCCCAUCCUAAAAUCAAAGAAAUCCAUUUUGAACUAGAGGAACUGGACAAAAAGAUGGAGUUGGUAGGUUACAUACCACAAACAGAAUAUGUGCUUCAUAAAAUGACAGAGAAAGAGAAAAGGAAACAUCUUCAACAUCAUAGUGAAAGAUUGGCUCUUGCAUUUGCACUGAUAUACAGUCCGCCUAUAAAAGCAAUAAGAAUUUUUAAAAAUCUACGCAUCUGUGGUGACUGCCACAAUGUUAUGAAGCUUGUCUCUGGUAUUACAAAUAGAGAAAUAGUUGUUCGUGACAAUAAGCUAUUUCAUCAUUUUAAGUUUGGAUCAUGCUCUUGCAAGGACUUUUGGUAAUCUCAUCGCAACAUAUAUACUUGGACACAAAUCUUCAAGCUAAAGAAACCUGGCACCAUUCAUUUAGAUGUACAUGCUAUUUAUCUUCCUCAAGUAAUGCUAUGUUUCAUGAACAAGCUCAGCUGUUACCCUGGCAGGCACAGGAUAAAAAGGAGAAGAGAAGAAUUCAGCUAAGCAGGUUUUGAUAUGCCUGUCAAACUCUUUUUUUUUUACUCACUUUGCUCUACAACGUGUACGUGCAUUGUAUAUUUGAAGCCUCUUCAUUCGUAAUUUUUUCUCAAAAAGCCUUUAGUUUAUAUGUAAAUGUGGAUUUUCCAUGCUUUGUGUGUGUACGUGUAUUGGAAAAUAGAGAAUGGAGUUUUAAUUGGUCCGUGCUUAUGCUUGAGGAGCAUAGUUGGUCUUGUUGAGUCUGAAACAUUCUAUAAUGUUUUAUUUUCUAUUGUUUCUUUAU